AGUAGGCUACGUUGCAAGAAGCAGUCAAACAACGCCAACACAUUGCAGGGUGUGUCGUUUUGAAACUUGUCGGUGGUUUAAUGGUUGACAUUUAAAUUUGAAAUAAGUAAUUGAGCGAAAUGUGUUUAAGAGUGACGUUUCCAUUUUUCACGUUAACGUGCCUUCUUGUAGCAGCUGCAAUACUUGGGAAUCAUAGUGUUACCGCCCAGUUUGAAUGGCAAUCUCGUGAUGAAUUCGACGCCCUUAAAUAUCAAAUGGAUUCAGUUACUGCUGACAACUGCCCCAUAAAAAACGUUAACGAACUGCACAUGCCCGAAGAUGCCGUUUCUCACUUGCCCGAUAUCAAGGAUAUCAACAUCAAUCCUGUAUUCCCCAAUAGAACAGCGCUUUUACACUUGCACAACAUGGCUUUAAACAGAGCUUUCUUUUGGAGUUACAUUUUACAAGCCCGUUUUAUUAGACCAGCAACCAAUGACACUUAUGACCCCGGAAUGAUGUAUUAUUUUUUGUCAACUGUAGCUGAUGUGUCAUCAAAUCCAAGACUAAAUAGCAGUGCAGUUUACUUCAGUCCUAACAUGUCCUACACCUCAUCUUAUAGAUCAUUUUUCAAUAAAACCCUUCCCCUUUUUGCCCCACGGACAUUUAGAGCUGAUGAUUAUAAUGAUCCUAUUCACUUGGAACGCUAUUCAACAUUAAACAUGUUUGAUGUUCGGGAUCUUGGUGCCAUCUCAAAAAAUAGCAAGAGUGAAAACUAUACCACUGACUACUAUCGGAUCAACAAGUGGUACCAAGCUUGGCUUCCUGAUCAAGUGGAUGGUCGACAAGAUACAAAAACAACAUAUCAAGUUAAAAUUCGCUAUGCCAACAACACAAAUGAAACAUUCACCUUCCAUGGACCUCCUGGUGCUGAUGAAGUUCCUGGGCCCCUGAAAUGGACUCAACCUUAUUUUGAUUGUGGAAGAUCUAACAAAUGGGUAGUUGGAGCUGUAGUUCCAAUAGCAGACAUCUUCCCACGACAUACUGGUUUUCGUCACAUUGAAUACCCCACCUAUACAGCUGCUGCAGUUAUGGAAAUGGAUUUUGAAAGAAUAGACAUAAAUCAGUGUCCGAAAGGACAAGGAAAUGAUGGUCCCAACAGAUUUUCUAAUACUGAUAGAUGUAAAGAAACAACAGAAUGUGAACCUAUACAUGGAUACGGAUUUCGACGAGGGGGAUACCAAUGCCGAUGUAAACCUGGACACAGAUUGCCAAAUACAGUUCGUCGACCUUAUCUCGGGGAAAUUGUCGAACGAGCUACCAGUGAACAGCACCAUGAAAAUUUUCAUUGUGAAAAAAUUGGCUGGAUUCAGAAGCAACCAGUUCAGUGGGGGAAAAUGACGCCAUUAUUAAGGCUUCAAUACUUAGAGCGUAAUUCUAAUUACAUGAAUUCGACUCAAGGUCCAAAUUCGACUCAUACCAAGGCAAAGAAUAUUGAUCACAUAAUUAGUUUCAUUCGAUCUGUCAACGAACAUAACUGUAAUAACAGAAAUCUCUUCUCUCCGGAUGAUUUGGUCUUGCACGGUGACAUUGGUUUCGGAGCAGAGCAACAAUUUGAGAACGAGGCUAGGAUGGCUUUACGUUUGGCAAAUUUCUUAAGCGCAUUUUUACAGGUUGUUGAUUCGACUGAAGUAUUUUCUGGGAAUCGUUUAGCUGAUCGCCCUCUAACUGAAGAUCAAUUAAUGGCCGAGACCUUAGCUCUUGUACUAGGAAACACAAAAAUAUGGGCAGCUGGAACGUUUUGGGAGCGUCGAAAAUUUCCUAAUCGCACCCUUUUUGCUCCUUACGCCUACAAGGAGCAGCUUAAUACGCGAAAGUUCAAACUUGAAGAUCUUGCUCGUUUAAAUUCCACUGAUGAUUUAUAUCUUAAAAAACCAUGGUAUCAACAUUUAAAGUCACGUUGGUCAACUAACUUUGAUGAUCUGGAAAAAUAUUUUCUGAAAAUGCGAAUUCGUUCCGAAGAAUAUGCCGAUCACACGCAGAAAUACGAGCAUUUCCCAAUUUCCUACAAGGCUGCUGAUUUACGCCAUGGUUAUUGGACGCGACCUUACUUUGAUUGCAAUGGAUUCGUUAAAAAAUGGGUUGCAACCUAUGCAGCUCCUUUCUUUGGCUGGGAUUCAUUACGGACUAAAUUGGAAUUUAAAGGAGUUGUCACCGUCACCAUGGAUUUACAGACUUUAGAUAUAAACCAAUGUCCUGGUAAAUAUCAUACGCCGAACGCCUUUAAAGAAACCAACAAAUGCGAUCUCAAAACUUCUUAUUGUGUUCCAAUAUUGGGACGAGGCUUUGAUACUGGUGGUUACAAGUGUGAGUGCAAGCAAGGCUACGAGUAUCCUUUCGAAGAUGCCAUAACUUACUUCGACGGGCAGCUAGUAGAAUCGGAAUUUCUGAAUCUAGUGGCAAAUCAAGCAACCCGAUAUGAUAUGUACAAAUGUCGUCUUGCUAGUGCCUCUACUAAUGGCUCAACUUGGGUUAUGAUUUUUGUUUUUGCGGUUAUCACAAACAUGGUAACACUUUGGUUUACGCAUUAAGAAUCUCGUUGUACCGUGGAUCUUUAGGACACACAUGUGCCUCUUUAUGGUUUUGCAUCAAUGUUUUCAGACUUCAAAACCAGAUCACCCAUUCCGUCCACAGUAGGUUUUAUUACUAGACUAAGGGUUAUCCGUCCAGUUGCUACUUUUUAUAUCACUUAUUUGUCAACGUUUUGAUUGUGCUGAUUUAAGCAUGCUUGACUGAAAAAAAGAAAUCAAAUACACAUAGCCUGGUCUCAGGA